AUGGUACAGUUUUCGUCGCCUAUGCUGGAUGCGAAGCAGCUACAGCAAUGUCUGGAUCCGAUCUACAAGCUGACGGAGCGUGACAUCGCCAAGCCCACGCCAGAAGUCAUGCGCCUCUUCUACGACGCGGCAAUUCGCGUAUUAGUGGGCCGAGCCGUCCUCCCCAGCGACGGCGCGUGCAUGAAUGAGGAGGAAGCGGAGCGGAACCUGGACUUCCCCGAGUUGCACGUAGAUGCCGCCAGUACUCUCCUUCUCUUCCAGUCGCUCCGGGAACUCUUCGCGGGGACGGGUGUCGAGUGGUUCGCGAUGCGCGACCUAAUUCGGCCGGAUCCCGAGCGCACCCAGAAGCUGCUCUCCGCGCUCGCCAACUACAAGCGCUUCGGGGACCAGUUCUUUUCCGUGGAGGCGCAAUGCCUGGAGGAGUACGCGCAGGUCGUUGAGACGCACGCCAAGCUCGAAGACGAAGAACUAUCGCUGUCUAGCGAGUUGCAAUCUCUGGAGGAGCGGCAGCGCGACGAGGACGCGGAGGUGGCGGAGGUGGCGGAGGAGGUGGCGGUGAUGGAGAAGGAACUGCAGCGGGUACAGGGGGAAGAGGCCGCGGAGGAAGAGCAGCUGGCGGGGCGGAGGGAGGCCAUGGCGAAACUCAUAGAUGAGAUAGCGGCGGAGAAGCAGCAGGCGGCGAAGGUCAAGGAGGAGGAGAUGAGUUUGCGUGCACAGAUAGUGGAGUCGCCGGAUAAAGUCAGAUUAGCAGUGACUCGAGCAGAGGAAGCGAUGGAGAGUGAGAAGGAGGCAAGGGAUGCGGUGCUGGUGCAGAUGCGGGAGAACCGCAAGAAGCUGGUUGUCGUCAGAAAGGCCCUGGCGGAGCUUCAGAGCCGGCUGCAGCAAGUCAAGCAAGCGGAUCAAGAGGCAGCAGCAGCGCGCGAGUUGAAGCGGCAGGUGGCUGCACGGCAGGCGCAAGGAGCAGCAGCGCGGCAGCUGCAGGCAGCAGCGGAGGAGAGGGUCAGCAAGGAGAAGGCCAAAGAGGCGGAGUGGAAGGCGAAGGUGGCAGCGCGCAGGGCAGCUAUAGAGCAGCAGAUGGUGGAGGUGCGGAGGAAGCAGGAGGACGUGCGUGUGCUGGAGCAGGGGCUGGCAGAGGAGGAAGAGCUCUUCCUCGCUGCCAAGGCAGAGGUGCAGGGCCAGCUGGAGCAAGUGCGGGGAGAGGAUGAGCGGUGUCAGGAGCUGCACAGGCAGAGGCUGGUGCAUGUGGUCGAGCUCUUCAAUGCUCUCAACUCACAGGUGACGUGCUCCACUCCCUCACAGUCCCUCUCUUCAAGUCGCAUGCCUGUACAUUGCCUUCUCACUGCCUCAUGCGACGCAUGUACUCACACCUGCUUCCCCCGGCAGGUUGAUUCCUUCCAUCGCCGGGUAGCCGCAUACAUGGAUCCGGACCUUGACACUGUUGCUGCACUGCCCACUGCUCAAGCACGUGACAUGAUUCAACAGCAUCAUCCAACAUCAUCCACAGCCCACGUGCCUGAGUCCCAGGGUGCAGCUCCUCCCAGCACUCCUGCACAGUUGUCAGCGACAGGUGCAGGUGGGGUGAGUGUGGCAGGUUCAGCACAUGCGACACAUGCCACACCGUGCUCUCGCUCUCACUCUUCACCGCCCGUGAGUGCACGUGGAGUGGAGGCGCAACCGCCCCCGCCCUGUAUGCCAUGCCGGCACUCGUACCAUGCGCACGCGGUAUCGUGGGAGUGGGCGGACAGGAACGGCGGAAAGGUCGCGGAAACCUCCGCGGAGCGUCAGAAGGAGGAUGAGGCAUGCGCUUGCUUCUUCCCAACACCUGCCUCCGCGCAAUCCCCUCCGCUCAUCGCCUCCUGCCUCUUCCUCUCCGCGCAUCCCCUCCCGCCCUCCAUGCUGACAUCACCGCUGCCCGCCGCCAUCCCUCUCCCCCACACGCGGAGCCUGUACCUCUCCCCGCGCCUGCUCCCCGCUGGCGCUGUCGCCCUUUGCUGCGCGUGCAUCUCGCGCGCCCUCCGAUUUCACGCGCACUCCCUCCACCCCCCCGCCCCUCCGCGCGCUGUCCCCAGCGCCGGUGGCGGAGAUGGGGACGGGGGCACGAGCGGGGGGGGUGAAGAGGGGAAUGGAGGGAGCGAAAGGGGAGGGAAGAGCAGGAGGGAGGAAGGGGGCAAUGAGGCGAAAGGUGGAGCGUACGAGGCAAGAGGGGAUUGUAGGUGCUCUGAGAAGCAAUCUGGGGGGGACCAAGGGAGCGGUGAGUCGUGUGGCUGGCCGCAGGGGAAGGAGGAGGGGCGCGCAGAGCAGCAUGGGAUGAAAUGGCUGCCCGGAUUCCUAGUGCUGCCUCUCAACCAUUCCUCUCAGUUGCCCGUUCAGCUGCCCGGCUGUGUGAGCGAAAGGGGGGUGUGCUUGUUUGAGGCAGAGUACAGUGAAAGAUGUUUGAUGGGCAGGGCAGGGGAGGAGGUGAAGGGGGUCUUAUAUGGGGCGGAGGAGACAGGAAGGGAGGAGAGACGACGGGGGGAGAGAAGUGGAGGUGCGGAGCGAGGAGGACGGGAGGGAAGAGGAGAGGGCGAGGAGCAGGGGGAAGUGAUGUUGGCGAAUGGGUGCUUCAGUGCACGGCAGGUGAUGCACGGUGCUGUCGCCCUCGCCCUCCCACACUCGCACCCGCUCCCUCCCUCCCUCUUCCUGGUGCAAGCUCUCAGGGCCCACCCUGAGCCCGCCACCCCAUUGCACCACACAGCACCAGCUUCAACCGGUGAUUACAAGCGUGUUGAGGGAGGCGGGGAGCUCGAGAAGUCGCCUCUGCAGCAGCAGCAGCAGCAGCAGCAGCAGCAGCAGGAGGAUGUGAAGGGCGAGGCAGCAAGAGGGGUGUGGCAGGGCAGGAGGGGCGUGAGGAAGGGGCAGAGCACGUGGUAUGACGGGGACUACUGUGUGCUGCACGGCGUGCUGCUGCAGCGCCCGCACCAACCCCUGCUGGAACUCGUGCCCAUGCCCAAGGCAAGUGCUGCCAGGGGCGCAAGGGGUGCAUGUACCAUCACUCGUCUCAUGGCAUCACCACCCGCCCCAUCCUCCUCCACCCCACCGUCCCUCUGUCGCCGCAUCGUAGUCCCUCCCGAGCUCUGCUCGCUGCUCCUCUCACCCAAGCACCACCCCACCACUGCCACCACUGCCACCACUACCACUAGCACAUGCAACAACGCUGCUCCCGCGCCUGCCCGUCCACCUUCCGCCGUGGCCAGUGGUAGCAGCAGCAGCAGCAGCAGCAGCAGCAGCAGCAGCAGCAGCAGCAGCAGCAGCAGCAGCAGCAGCAGCAGCAGCAGCAGCAGCAGCAGCUUGCCCGUGAGUGCAGCGUGGGUGCGGGCAGAAGCAGUGCUGCCGCUCACUCUCUGCCACCUCGCGGACCUGCUGUGCGCCUGGGAGCUCGUCUGCUCGCUGCACCUGCCCUCGCUGCACCUGCCUCUGCUGCGCACGGUUUGGCUGUCGAGUGAUGAGAGGCCAGUCAUAUUGACACAGGGUACUGGGCGUAUGCACGCGUGUCACUGGUCCCACCGCAACAUGCCCACACGUGCUCACCUUCAACUGCCCUACUAUUCUCCCGCCCUCCCACCCUUUCCCCUUCUUCUCUCCCGCCCUCCACCUCUCCUGCGCUCCUGCUCACGGCAUUGCACCGUGCUGGCAUGCAUGCAGGCCAUCACAGCCCCAUCUGCAUGCAUCGGUGAUGUCCGCACAAUCAACCCCCCCUGGGCUCCUCCACCCCCUCCCUCGCCACUGCUCAUACCCCAACACACCGGCUCACAAUCAGCCACCACCCCCACUUCCCUCCUCCUCCUCCCUGCUCCUCCCUCCACCACUCUCUCCACCCCUCCCUCCGCCCAUCUCCCAGCCUCUCCCUCCACCCCUGCUCCCACCGCUCUCUCCCGCUCAUGCAUGCCCAUCGCGCGGCCACUGCUGGAGCUGCUGGGAGACGCGUUUCUCAAGCUCGCGGCAGCGCUCUGUGUGCUGCUGCUGCACCCCACUGCUGGCAUCGACGCCGCAGGCAACAUGAUGCAGGGGACAGGGGGAGGGGGAAAGGUGGGGGGAGGGGAAGACGGAGGGGGAGGGGCAAGAUGGUGCUGCGAGCAGUGGGGGAGAGGGUGGGGAGAGAACGAGGGGAGGAAAGAGCCGAGAGAGGGGGAAGAAGGGGGAGAAGGGGGAGAAGGGGGAGAAGGGGGAGAAGGGGGAGAAGGGGGAGAAGGGGGAGAGGGUGGUGUGGGCGAGGACAGCAGAGGAGAGUGUGCUGACCUGGCAAGUGGCGUUCGUGGGGCGGGGCAAUCCCACACGCGGGCAGCGACAGGUGGCGUGCCAGCAUUGGCUGACAGCGUGGCAUGUGAGGCCGAGCUCUCUCGGGCGCGCGGGCAUGGUUGCUGCUGCGAGCAUGAGGGGCCGCUGCUGGCGUGUGUGCGGGGACAGUGGAAUGGGGAGGGGUUUGGUGUGGUUAAAGCUAGCAGCAGUGAGGGCAAUGGGGAAAGUGAGAGCAGGGAGAGCAGACAGGGGUGCAUGUGCACUGCCAAGGGGGGAAGAGGCUGGAAUGAUGUGGCGACGGUGGGAGUGGUGCCGGGGGGAAGUGCUUCUGAGCAGCACUGUGUGGAGAGUGAGACGGACAGGGACGGUGAGGGAGUGCUGUUGGGUGGGGCACAGGCGAUGGGGGGUGGUGGGGGAGGAGGGGAGUG